AUUCAGUUUUAAAACGCUGUCAGUGAGGCACAGUGAGGUGUGCGUAUUGAGCAGACUCCAAUGGAUUUCUUGCAGCUCACAUUUAUUUCCCUGGGUGCUGUGGUGGUGUUUUGUGCUGCUCUGAAGGUUUAUUAUUUCUUGAAGAUUUUUUCCCCAAAGAUCUGGUGUCCUGUGCCUGAUCUCUUUUUCAUCUCAUUAGGAGAGUGGGCAGUUGUUACUGGAGCAACCGAUGGAAUUGGGAGAGAAUAUGCUUUUGAGUUUGCAAAACGAGGCAUGAACAUUGUCCUCAUCAGCAGAACUCUUGAAAAACUGGAAAGAGUUGCAAACGAAAUUGUUGAAACAACAGGAAGAAAGGUGAAAGUAAUUCAAGCAGACUUUACAAUGAAUGACAUCUAUGAAAAUGUGGAAGAGCAACUUAAAGGACUUGAAAUUGGAAUUCUGGUUAACAAUGUUGGAAUGAUUAACAGCUACAAGCCUUGUCGAUUUCUUGACACUGAAAAUCUGGAAAAGAUUAUCCCUAAAUUGAUCAAUUGCAACAUGACAUCUUUGGUUAUGAUGUCGAAGAUUGUUUUGCCUCAUAUGCUAAAAAGGCAGAAAGGAUUAAUUCUUAAUUUAUCAUCUGGUGCGGGCUCUUUUCCUUGUCCAUAUUAUAACAUCUACUCAGCUUCGAAGGUCUUUGUGGAAAGGUUUUCAAGAGGUCUUCAAGCGGAAUACCACUCAGCAGGUGUUAUUAUUCAGUGUAUUGCCCCAUUUGGAGUUUCAACUGCAAUGACCCGCUACCAGAAGAAAAAUGUCGUGACCAAAUCAGCAAAAGACUUUGUAGUUGAAUCACUGGACUUUGUUUUGUUAGGAGAUUAUACUUUUGGAUGCUUCACUCAUGAAAUUCUGGCAUGGAUAAUAAAGGCAAUUCCCUUAAAGAUAAUACACAGUGACUUCAUUUUGGAUACUUUCCUGGAACAAGUAAAUAAACGUAUUUCCUCUUGAUUUCUAUGGCUCAUUAUUUAAUGUACAGUAUAUUAGUGCCGAAGAUGGACCCUGAUAUAGAAGCUCCUUUCUUUUUCUCUAUUGUUAUAUUGUGUCAUCUUACAGUAUACAUUAUACAAUUUUUUUAAUUUUUGUAUUUGUAUUGUGUACACAUCCCUUGUAAAGACAUCCAGUUCAUACUGUUAAUUCAAAAACGUUUUGUUAUUUAAAUAUAUUUUGUUUGUAGUCUUUGUAACCUGAUAAGUUUGUUCAAUCACUAGGUGUACAGCUCCAUCUCUCCAUCCAUUUUCUAACCAGCUUAUUGUUACAAAGGUCACA